GGGCGAAGGCUCCGGCGCCGCCCUGGCGCGCAGAUCAACUGCGCGGUCGUGCGCGGGGGCAGGAGCGGCCUCAGCCCCCGGGCGCUGGCUGACCCAGAGCUUCAGCUAGGCCGCCCCCGUCGGCCCUCCCCCGGGCGGGGCCAGCCCCGACGGCGCUGACUCAGCAACGCGAGGGGGGAGUUUUGUCCCUCCGCGGACCCCGUUUCUCCCGGCCUCAGCCUCUCCGCCGCCGCCGCUGAGCCGGUUUCCUUUUUCCGGCGCUCCGAGUGCGAGAGACAAGUCGAGCCCCGUAGGCAGCGAGCCGCAGCGCAACCCCGGCGCUCGCCCAAGGACCCUGGAAGCUACCGUUACCCCGCCAGGCAGCGUGGGCGCCAUGAGCAGCGCGGGACUGAAUUCGGAGAAGGUAGCUGCUCUGAUACAGAAACUGAAUUCCGACCCCCAGUUCGUACUUGCCCAGAAUGUCGGGACCACCCACGACCUGCUGGACAUCUGUCUGAAGCGGGCCACGGUGCAGCGCGCGCAGCAUGUGUUCCAGCACGCCGUGCCCCAGGAGGGCAAGCCAGUCACCAACCAGAAGAGCUCAGGGCGAUGCUGGAUCUUUUCUUGUCUGAAUGUUAUGAGGCUUCCAUUCAUGAAAAAAUUAAAUAUUGAAGAAUUUGAGUUUAGUCAAUCUUACCUGUUUUUUUGGGACAAGGUUGAACGCUGUUAUUUCUUCUUGAAUGCUUUUGUGGACACAGCCCAGAGAAAGGAGCCUGAGGAUGGGAGGCUGGUGCAGUUUUUGCUUACGAACCCUGCAAAUGAUGGUGGCCAAUGGGAUAUGCUUGUCAAUAUUGUUGAAAAAUAUGGUGUUAUCCCUAAGAAAUGCUUCCCUGAAUCUUAUACAACAGAGGCAACCAGAAGGAUGAAUGAUAUUCUGAAUCACAAGAUGAGAGAAUUCUGUAUACGACUGCGGAACCUGGUACACAGUGGAGCAACCAAAGGAGAAAUCUUGGCCACACAGGACAUCAUGAUGGAGGAGAUAUUCCGAGUGGUGUGCAUCUGUUUGGGUAAUCCACCAGAGACAUUCACCUGGGAGUAUCGAGACAAAGAUAAAAAUUAUCAGAAGAUUGGCCCCAUAACACCCUUGGAGUUUUACAGGGAACACGUCAAGCCACUCUUCAAUAUGGAAGAUAAGAUUUGUUUAGUGAAUGACCCUAGGCCCCAGCACAAGUACAACAAACUUUACACAGUGGAAUACUUAAGCAAUAUGGUUGGAGGGAGAAAAACUCUAUACAACAACCAGCCCAUUGACUUCCUGAAAAAGAUGGUUGCUGCCUCCAUCAAAGAUGGAGAGGCUGUGUGGUUUGGCUGUGAUGUUGGAAAACACUUCAAUGGCAAGCUGGGCCUCAGUGACAUGAAUCUCUAUGACCAUGAGUUAGUGUUUGGUGUCUCCUUGAAGAACAUGAAUAAAGCGGAAAGGCUGACUUUUGGUGAGUCACUUAUGACCCACGCCAUGACCUUCACUGCUGUCUCAGAGAAGGAUGAUCAGGAUGGUGCUUUCACAAAAUGGAGAGUGGAGAAUUCAUGGGGUGAAGACCAUGGCCACAAAGGUUACCUGUGCAUGACAGAUGAGUGGUUCUCUGAGUAUGUCUACGAAGUGGUGGUGGACAGGAAGCAUGUCCCUGAAGAGGUGCUAGCUGUGUUAGAGCAGGAACCCAUUAUCCUGCCAGCAUGGGACCCCAUGGGAGCUUUGGCUGAGUGAUACUGCCCUCCAGCUCUUUCCUCCUUCCGUGGAACCUGACGUCGCUGCAAAGGACAGAUCCAGGGACUGAAGCCAAAGUUAUGCAAGGGACUGUGUGUUGCCACAGGACACAGUCAGAUUUCCAGUCUCCACCAGGAACCUCUUCAGAAAGUGUGCUUUAUGCUGAAACAGAACACUGUUCAAGAAAAGAAAAGGGGGGAAAGAUCAGGUCAUACUAUCUACUCUCCUCAUCUCUAACAGCUCAGGAUCUCUUAGCAUUUUAAUUAGAUGUAAUUGUUUGUCUUUAACUGUCAAAAAGUUUGGUUCUGUGUCUGUGUUUUAAUAAGACAAGAGAGGACGAGCGAUUGAGGUGUAUGGAGAGAAAACAGACCUAAUGCUCCUUGUUCCUAGAGUAGCGUGGAGGGAGGGUGGCCUAAGAGUUGAGCUCUCGGAACUGCAUGCUGCUGGACAGUAUCACUGUCUUUCCUAGAUGGCAGUCACUGAAUUCCAUUUUUUCUAGGUAAUUUCUUGUGCCUCUAGUAGCCCAAGAAUUGGAGGUUGAUCAGAUCUGACAUGAUUCCUUCCUGUUCUGAACUGUGGGGUGCACAUCUCUGCUUGAGUCAGGUUUGAGUAGAGGCUUAGAGACAGUUGGGUGAGAACAACCAAAAUCUUACAAUGGUCUCAAUUAUAAUCAUUAGGGGGAGCUCUAGCCAAGUGGUUUAACUUCUGCCUUUGGAACUGGGGAUUGGGUGGGCAGGAAAAGGUGAUACCCAUUCUUUCUGAUAACUAGAUGGUGCUGAGAAGCUUUUGAAUAAAAACUUUGCUAAAUGAGAA